CUCAGUGUACCAUGUAAACAACCGUCGAGUAUCUCCGACCUGUAUCGAAGUUUUGGGUAUAAGGAUAGACGACUUGGCGAGGCUCUCAUCUCUUUGCCACGCAAGAUUUGUAUUCAUCCAUCGUCGAGAGAACAUGGCUCAUAUCGAGAAAGUAGCAAUCGUUGGCGCCGGCGGUCGGGUUGGAGGUGCAUUUGCAAAAGAGCUGCUCCGGUCCGGCAAGCAUAUCAUUACUGCCAUCACUCGCAAAGGGAGCAAGAGUGCUCUGCCCAAAGGCAUCAAGGUGGCCGAAGUAGACUACGAUGAUCGCCAGGCACUCAUUUCCGCUCUCAAAGGACACCAGUUCUUGAUCAUCACGCUCUCAGUAACGGCGCCAGGCGGUCUCCACGGCAACAUCGUCAAGGCGGCGGGAGAAGCACGCAUCCCAUACGUUAUGCCCAAUAUGUAUGGCAGCGAUAUCCAGAACCCAGCCAUAAUGGAGGAGAGCAUGAACGGGAGGGCGUACAAAGAACGCCUUGCCGAUUUUGACGGCGUCGACACGUCCUGGGUUGCAUUGGUCUGCGGAUUCUGGUACGAAUGGAGUCUGGCUCUUGACAAAGCUACCUUCGGCUUCGAUAUCGCUGGUAGAAGCGUGACUUUCUACGACGACGGCAACACCAAAAUUGAUGUCAGCACAUGGGAUCAAUGCGGACGCGCAAUCGCACGUCUUUUGAGUUUGCCUGAGAGCGGCGCAUCACCUUGCGUGGCCGACUGGAAGAACAAGCCCUUAUAUAUCAACAGUUUCAAGGUCAGCCAACGCGACAUGCUCGAUAGUCUUCAUCGCGUACUUGGAACUACCGACAAGGACUGGACGAUUGACUUUGAGCCCACAGAUCAGAGGCUGAAGAGAGGUCUUGAAGAUUGGAAAAAUGGGAACAGGUUGGGAUUUGCCAUGGCAUCCUAUGCACGUGUCUUGUACCCCAACGGAGAUGGCGAUUUUGAGUCCAAGUGGGGGACUAGUAAUCAGGUGUUGGGACUGCCCAAGGAAGAUCUUGAUGAGGCUACGAAGAGGGUGGUAGAGAUGGUUGAAAAUGGAUGGAGUCCGUUCAAGCAGUGAUGAAUUUCGAAAUUGAGAAUACAGAAGAAUGUGUUGCGAGAGCUCCGUGGGACGAAGGUAGUGAAGCUGGUGGCGACAAUGACGUGAUCUGAUUUGGGUGAUCAACCGCAUUCCUGGAUCGGGCGAGAACCUUAGAAUCAUCGAGUCACUACGAAAGAACAAAGAAACUGCGUAAAUGAGGGCCGCUGUCUGAGGCGGCUCGAUAUAGUUUCGCAACUCCGAGUAUUACCAUGUAAAUGGUAAACACACUAGGCCACCUCGUAUGGCGGCAUGCGCAAAAAUGGGUUAACU